CGGGCAGUCACCUUAGUUCUCUUCUCGGGCGACCUGUUUACUGAAUAUUCUAGUUUUCUGUUGGUAGUUUAGCAUCGUUAAUAAUAGAAAUGGCAGGCCAAUCUAUUUCCGAUCGUUUUAAUGCUGCUCAACAUACCAUUAUUGGUUCGGAAAUGUCAAAAAGUGUUUGUAAAGCUACAACUACAGAAGUUAUGGGCCCUAAGAAAAAGCAUUUGGAUUACUUAAGAUCUUUAACGAAUGAACCCAACAUUAACAUACCGGAGUUAGCUGAUAUGCUGGUCGAAAGAAGCAAACAACCAAAGUGGGUCGUAGUUUUUAAGUCACUAAUAACAACACAUCAUUUAAUGUGUUAUGGGAAUGAGAAAUUUCUACAGCAUCUUGCUUCAAGGAAUUCCCUGUUUAAUCUUACACAUUUUCUUGAUAAUUCGGGCGUUCAAGGCUAUGAUAUGUCUACCUAUAUAAGAAGAUAUAGCAAGUAUUUAAAUGAGAAAGCUUUUUCUUACCGUACGGUAGCAUACGACUUCACAAGGGCAAAGCGGGGCAAAGAAAGUGGUGUAAUGCGAUCUCUUACCUCUGAAAACCUCAUUAAACAACUGCCCACUAUUCAAAGGCAGUUAGAUGCCUUGUUGGAGUUUGAUGCAAGUCCAAAUGAGCUGACAAGUGGCGUAAUCAACUCCGCUUUUCUGUUGAUUUUCAAAGAUCUUAUCAGGCUUUUCGCAUGCUAUAAUGAUGGGAUUAUCAACCUACUGGAAAAGUACUUUGAAAUGAAGAAAGCACAAUGUAAAGAGAGUCUGGACAUUUACAAAAGGUUUUUGACCAGAAUGGAAAAGGUUUCGGAAAUGUUAAAAGUGGCCGAGCAAGUCGGUAUUGACAAAGGAGAUAUCCCUGACCUUACUAAAGCACCAAGCAGCUUGCUGGAUGCUUUGGAGCAGCAUCUUGCUGCAAUGGAGGGCAAAAAAUCUGAUGGAAAGAGAACCGGAGCAACAGCAGCCCAAGUUAGCUCAUUCAAUGCAUUCAACACCUCACUUCAGAGCAUUGACGAAAAAGACAAGCAGACUGCUUUGGCGGAAGAAGAAGCACGAUUGAAUCAAUUUAAACAACAAAAAGAAGUUGAAAUAAAAACCACACACCCUGUGAGUAGUAACCCACCUGUGAGUUUCUCUCCUCCAGCAGCACAAACCAACCCACCACAACAGCAACAACAAUCGUCACUUGAAAUGGAUCUUUUUGGCCCCACACCUACAACUUUCACUCAGAGUCCUCCACAAUCAUCACUUGAUCUAUUUGGAUCCCUCAAUGUCCAACCUACACAGCCAGCAAUGCAAACCAACAUGUAUGGAAACACUGGUAUGAACCUCUUCUCACAACAACCUACAAACAACUCCUUUCCACAAAUGCAGCAACCCCAAGCUACAAAUACAACUGACCUCUUUGCACCCAUGUCAUCAGACCCAUUUUCACCAACUGGGAGCACUAUGGCACCAACAGUGGCUAGCAUUCCAACCCAACAGAUGAACCCGCAAAGUCAACAAAUUCCCAACAACCAGCAAACUGGUAACGGCAACCUGGAAACAGCGUUGGCAAGUGCGUACCAAAACCUCACACUUGGCCAGCGUAACAACCCAGCGCAAAUGAAGCCAGAAGCAAGACAACUUACUGGAGGGGGAAGUUACAUGCCUACAGUUGCUCCAAGCACCAUGAUGACACCUGGGGGUUAUUAUGGAGCUCCUAUGAUGGGUGCACAGCCACAAAUGUACAGUGCAAGGCCUGGCGGGAUGGGUAUGCCUAUGAAUACCAUGGGAGGUAUGGGUAUGGUCCGACCGCAAGGUAUGUACACACAGCCACCUAUGGGAUACCAGCAGCCCCCCGCUCAACCAGCACAAACUGCUAAUCAACUUAAUCCAAACAAUCCAUUUGGUCCAAUGAUUCAAUUUUAAGAACUGAACAUCAAAAACGCUGCCAACAUGAAUUAGUUCCGUUAUAAAGACAUUGGAUUUUAAACCUUCAAAUUUUUCGCUUCUGAUUACCAGAUUUGAUUUUGUUGUGGCGUAAUUUAGAUGUUGUUGGUGACUGCUUGAACUACAGUUAAGCAUGUAUGUUAUUUGUUCUAUUUAUUUCAUUAUUGUACUAACCUUUCAAUUUAAUAUAAAACUUUGUAUAAAUGUAUAAUUUGCUCAUUAUCAAAAGCAUAGUUUUUGAUUGUUUUAAAUGCGCUGUAAUGCCAGCAAUUGCUCACCACUUUGUAAAAACAUGCAACAACAGCUGUUGUAGUUGUGUUGUCAUUUUGAGUUAGCAGUGUUGGGCAUAGAAACAAAUAAUCCAACUAAAACCCUUUAAAUGCCCUGAUAAUAUUGCAACCACAUAUGUCACCUAACUGGCUGUAAAUUUGAUAUUGUGCUACAGUUACUAGAAUAGAUCAAACUGUUCAUUUCUAAUGAAUUCAAUUACAAUCUAACUUCACCUCAUUGAAAAGUCAUAAUUUCGAUAUAAUGUUUACCAAAAAGCUUUCAAUUUAGUGAUUACACCAUUUCUAUAUUGUAUACUCCUUUCUCUUUGCAAAAUAUAGUACAUCAAGUUUGUAUGUACUAUAUUUAAUCACCAGCCAAACAUAGUCGAACUUUUGUAAUUCUUGAUUUUAUGGAGUCUAAUUAAAGAUAAAUGAAAUUUUUGUAUGAUUUUCAAAGCCUAAAUUUCUAGGUUUGGUAACAGUAGCAAUUAAAUUUUCAAAAUCGAACACUGCACAUUCCUAAUUUGUUCAGUGCAUUUGUCACAUCUUAUUGGUCCGUUCCACCCAAAGCACUUGGUAAUUGAUUUUCGGUCUCCACAAUCAUUUGGUGUCCUGUACAUUUCAUAUAUAUCCGUGUCAAUCGCAUAUCCCGAGUAGCGGCUUUGCUCUCAGCUAGCUACGUGAAUCAAUACUCCAGUAGCCGCUAGGGAAAUAGGUUGAUUACCCUUACUAAUAUUUGUGGCGGACAUUGCUGUUUUUCUUGUCGCGCGACUUUGUUGUUUUAGCAUGGAUUUAGUAAUUGCCUCUUACCACAAACUUGUUUAUCCACAACGUCAUAAUUCUCAUUGUGAUGACGUCAUUGAGCACUUCCGCUGCGCCGUACCGAUUGAUAAGCUAUUUUGGUCUCAUUACAUACCCUAUUCUGGCGUAUGGAAUGCAUUUAACUAACAAAUCGAGUUCACUUCGUUACGUCGACGUUUUUUAGUUUUCAAAGCAGCACCUAGGUAUUGUAAUGCCAUUUGAUUUUGUUGUUCUUUAAUUAGUCGUUUGAUUAUGGUGUAAUGUUGCUCUAAGCUGUUUAAAUUGUAGUAAACAACAAACAUAUUGGUUUACGUUACUCACGUUUUGUCAUAAGCGUUUUUAACCUGAACCUAUCCAAAGUCGGACCGAACACAUUCCAAAAAUACUACUUGCGCACUUUGACGUGUUUUAACUAUCCCGUAUAUUCGAACUUGUUUAGAUAUUUUCAUUAUUUGCGCUAUGCAAGUGCGUCGGAAAACUUUCUCUGCUAAGUUCUAUUCUAUAACUGAUUUUUCAAAUUUAACACCCCUGUAUAACUAGUAUAUAUUCAACGAUUUAUUAUAUUGCGUAUCGCGCAUAUUUGACAUUUUAAAUUCCCAUAUACCUACUUUUACUGUGUAUGUGUGUAAAUUAGAUCCCUUCUUCACAUUUCUGUACAACCCACACGUUUCGACCUAUGCGUGUGUAUGUAUCUAAAUAUAUUGCAAUUACAUAUCUGUAUAUUAUAUCUAUAUACAAAUUAACUACAAAUGUACACCGACACUAGCACGCUGCACUCACGGUUUAUACACUCAUAACGAUGAUAAAUUCCGGUGUAGUUUUCCUUAUUCUUUCAUGUUAACGUAAAAAUACAUAUAUUCACUCAUUGUAUUCUGCGAUCAGAGCAAUAAAAUGAACGAGUUCAA